CCCAUCGUCAUAGUGAUCGUUGCCUGCUCGUGGCGAAACGCUCGUGCCAUUCCAACGUUGAGCUCUGGUCCACGUCUACGCUGUCUGCACAGUAUCGAGAAUGAGCGCGCCUAUGGAUGACGAAUCCUGCAAAAAGGAGGCUCCAGUAGACAGGACUACUCUCAAGGGCGCAGCGAUAGUUGCAUUAGUUGCAUUGGCGUGCACUUCAUUCCUCACUGUGCUUCACGCCACGCAACCGGACACGCCUUUGAAGCAACGUGACGGGCCAGAUGACGGUACCCUUCCGUCUCUCUACCGUACCCUGGAACGGACGAUGAACCGGUCAGCCAACUACUGUACCGACUUUUACAGUUUCGUGUGCGGAAACUUCCCAACCGCCUACCCCAACGACGUAAGCAUGAAGGCUGUCUGGAGGAGAUUGCGACUGGAUCCUGCGAGGGAAGAGAUGGAUUCUCAUUGGGAAAAUCAAGAAACGGCACCGAUGAAAGCGGCCGCAGCUACGAAGAUGUGCCUUGACGUAUUCAAACAUCGACUAGAGCAUAUCUCCUACGUGAACGACCUGCUUCACGAAUUCGGGGUUCAAGUUCCGACAACGGUGCACACACAUAACCCUCCACACCCCCUGGCAGUGAUAGUCGCACUCUCUCUCCGAGCCUGCAUACCCAUUAUGUUGAAAAUCUAUCCAAUGGUAGACCUGAGGAAUCGUACGAGGAUGACUCUCGUAUUUUUUUGGGAUUUAGGCUGGCACCGACUCACUUUUCCAGAUAACCGCCGCGUCGACUAUCUACGGGAACCAGCCACGUAUAUCGCUGGAGAGGAGUUUGCAAAAGAUGUCAUGAAGGUCAGCAUGACGCUAUUAAAAGUCCUCAAGGCGAUGCAUAGCCGUCCAAAGGAGAAACCGAGAUACGGUCCCAUGCGCGAACUUCAAAGGCUUUCUCCAAACAUCAACAUUUCAACUUGGCUAUCACUCAUCAACAGCAACGUUCGAAGGCGGCCGAAACUCGACGCAGACACAGAGGUGUUCUACUACUCGAACGACGGCAUCAUAGUGGUCGACAACCUCUUGGAGAACAACAAGAACGACUACCGUGCGAUUCUAAACUGGAUAUCGUACGUCGUACACAUGUACUUCUCCCCCGCAUCCUCUUACACCUUACAAAAUAUGGAACACCCGUUAAGGACGUUUCGGGUGUGCAUUGAUUAUAUGGACGCUCUAGCUCCGUACGCUGUGCAGGCUCGUUACGCCGAGGCUCUAGGCAUAUCGAGAGACCACGCAUUAAUCAUGAGGCACAUCGUCGCACAGAUGAAGAAGUCCAUCGAGGGUUUCUUCCGCUGGUUGAGCCCGGAUUCACGCGCAACCGCCAUAGAAAAAUUUCGCAACGUGUCCGUCCUCUUCGGCGCGCCGUCGCAAGUCAGCUCACCUCGUCAGCUGGAGAAGUAUUACUCUUUCCUUCCGAAAUUCAAGGACCCAUUCAUCAAGUACCUCAUCAUUGCCCACAGAGCACACGCCACCGCAAUGCUGAACAACUACAACACGGGCGCCAUCCGUGACAGCAUCGCCACGAGUAACCAGCAGGCGGUGUUUGUAUCGUCGGUGAGCGCAUUCUACACCCUUCACACGGCUUACAUUUCAACCGCUUUCAUGGCGUCGCCUUUAAUCGAACCGACCUCCUUGGCGGCAACUUACGGGGCCCUAGGAGCUGUGGUGGGUCACGAGCUCUCGCACGCGUUCGCUGAGACCCCUGUUUGGUCACUGGCGACGGGCGAAAACAAGAUCUGGAUGACUCCGGAGGAGGAGAGAAUGUACCGGGAGCGACUCAGUUGCAUAAAACGACUUUUCGACAACAAAAGUUCCGAGCCCGAAGAAUACCAGUCUGAUGUCGCCGGGAGUCAGAUCACUUUGGCAGCAGCGAAAGAAGAUCCAUGUCGUCCUCUGGAUGGACCUUCACCGAUGCCUGGCAUCUCCAACAAGCAGUUGUUCUUCAUAGCUCACUGUAAUAUGUUUUGUGCGCAGGUUUAUAGCAAAGUCGCGUCACUGAAUAGAAUGCGUUGCAGGAACGCGGCGUUCAACUCAAAAGAAUUCUACGAAGCCUUCGGUUGCCGUCGCGGUGACCAGGAAAUGUGUGAAUUGUAUUAAAUGUCCCGGUACGGCGGCUUCACGAAAAAGUUGU